CCUGCAUCCAGGCAUCACUCACCACUUGUUCUGAUCGAAGCAAUGCAAGCCAUGGCGUGGUCCUCUCUCGCUGGACUGCUGCUGCUGCUGCUGCUGGCCGCGUGCUCCGACGACACGAUCGCCGUCGUCGGGGUUGCCAACAAGCCCGUGGAGUACGAGUACCACAAUUUUCUAGCAUCCCCUCUCUCGCCCCACACAUACACUGCCCCGGCGGCUGCCGCCGCCAUGCCAUCGUCGUCGUCGGCUCUGCAGGUCCGCCUGGUCCACCGCGACUCGUUCGCGGUGAACGCCAGCGCAGCUGACCUCCUCGCGCGCCGCCUGCAGCGGGACAUGCGAAGGGCAGCGUGGAUCAUCACCAAGGCGGCCACACCGGCGGACCCGGAAAACGGCACGGUGGUGACCGGAGCGCCGACGAGCGGGGAGUACAUAGCCAAGAUCACCGUCGGCACGCCGUACGAAAACGACUCGAGCUUCGAGGCGCUCCUGUCGCCGGACAUGGGCAGCGACGUCACCUGGCUACAGUGCAUGCCGUGCUUCCGGUGCUACCAUCAGCCGGGCCCCGUGUACAACCGGUUGAAGUCAAGCUCGGCGAGCGACGUCGGCUGCUACGCGCCGGCGUGCCGCGCGCUGGGGAGCUCCGGCGGCUGCGUCCAGUUCCUCAACGAGUGCCAGUACAAGGUCGAGUACGGCGAUGGCUCGUCGUCGGCGGGCGAUUUCGGCGUCGAGACGCUGACCUUCCCGCCGGGCGUCCGCGUACCGGGCGUGGCGAUCGGGUGCGGCUCCGACAACCAGGGCCUGUUCCCAGCGCCGGCGGCGGGGAUCCUGGGCCUCGGCAGAGGGAGCUUGUCGUUCCCAAGCCAAAUCGCCGGCCGCUACGGCCGGAGCUUCUCCUAUUGCCUGGCCGGCCAAGGCACCGGCGGCCGGUCGUCGACGCUGACCUUCGGCUCAGGCGCCAGCGCCACCACCACCACCACCACGCCGCCGUCGUUCACGCCCAUGUUGACGAACUCGCGUAUGUAUACGUUCUACUACGUGGGUCUCGUCGGCAUCAGCGUGGGCGGCGUGCGUGUGCGGGGCGUCACCGAAUCUGACCUCCGCCUUGAUCCGUCCACGGGCCACGGCGGCGUCAUCGUGGACUCCGGCACCGCCGUGACCCGCCUCUCCGGCCCCGCGUACGCCGCGUUCCGUGACGCCUUCCGCGUGGCGGCGGUGAAGGAGCUCGGCUGGCCCUCCCCCGGCGGCCCCUUCGCCUUCUUCGAUACGUGCUAUAGCAGCGUGCGUGGACGCGUGAUGAAGAAGGUGCCUGCUGUGUCGAUGCACUUCGCCGGCGGCGUCGAGGUGAAGCUCCCGCCGCAGAACUACCUCAUCCCCGUGGACUCCAACAAGGGCACCAUGUGCUUCGCGUUCGCCGGCAGCGGCGACCGUGGUGUCUCCAUCAUCGGCAACAUCCAGCUGCAGGGUUUCCGCGUCGUGUACGACGUCGACGGCCAGCGUGUUGGGUUCGCGCCAAAUAGUUGCUGAUUUCGUUAACCACCGUCCGCUCUGUGGGUUCGUGUGAAAAUGAAUGUCAUAUUC